AGGUGCGGCCAGAGCGGAGAAAGCGGCGCGCUGGCGGCUCCACACGGGUAUUCGUGACGAAUCAUCAUGUCUUCAUCAGAAAAGAACGCUGUGGUCACGCCGGCCUGGGUGAACGAGAAAUUCGUAAAGAAAGCGCUCAGUGAAGCGGAGGGCAAGCAGGUAGCAGAGGUGUCGUGUGUGAGGGUGGAGCCGGCGGUGAAGCCGGGGGCCAACUUCAUGAGCUCGCUGCUGCGGCUGUCGUGCGAGGUGCGGCUGGCCGGCGGCGGCGCGGCGGAGGCGCGCAGUCUGGUGCUCAAGGUGGGGCUGGGUGCGGGGCCCAUGGCCGACCUGGCCGAGGAGGCACAGGUGUUCGAGCGCGAGGCGCGCGUCUACCAGGAGCUGCUGCCGCGGGCUGAGGAGGACUUGCGCGCCAGCGGCUUCCGCACGCAGCCACCCGGCGCGGGGCUGGACCGCGCGCACUGCUCGCUGGGCCUGCGCGCUCUGGCGCGCCUCCACGCCGCCUCCGCGCGCCUGCUGGAGGACUCGCCCCCGCUGCGGACGGACGCGCUGUUCUUGCGGUCGCCGCUGACGAGCCGCCAGGCCUGCGACCAGUUGGCCAGCAUCGUGCCGCGUCACGCGCUCGCCCUCUCCGCCGCCCUCGCCGCCAGCGGACGGGGCGCCCUAGCCGACAGGUACGAGGCGGCGGCCGAGCGCAUCGUGGGCCGCCUCAGGCAGCUGGACGGCAGCGGCCCGCCGGCGCUGCAGGUGUUGCUGCACGGCGACGUCUGGAAGAACAACUUCCUCUUCCGCUACUCGGGCCAGCAGCCCACCGACGUCCGCCUACUCGACUUCCAGAUGGUGAACAUUGGAGCUCCCACGAUAGAUGUGGUGCACUUCCUGUACGCAAACGCCAGCGAAGAAACCCACCGCCAGCACCUGGAGCAGCUGGUGUCUGAGUACCACGGCACACUGCAGGCCACCUUGAAGGCGCUGGGGCUGCACCAGCAAGCUGACGCCUACCCACUGCAGGAGCUCCGGAGGGACAUGGACCGCUGCACUCCCAUCGCCCUCCAUUGCGCAAUCCUCAAGGGCGUCAUACUCGGGGUGGAGGCCCACGGAGUCGACAUACAACAGAGCUACAGCAGCGAAGACAAGCAAGCUGAAAUACUCACCAAGGUUUACAGCAACCCUACAUACCUCAGUUGCAUCGAAUACUUGUCUCCUCACUUUCAGAAGCAGGGCGUGCUCUAGUUGACCGUAAACUCGCGUACAAAAUGUUUCUUCGACUGAGGUACAAGUAAUAUUAAUGAAAAAUGUUUCGACUUACGCGCCCAAUUGCCCAAAGACAAAUAUUUGUUCAAUAUUUUUGACUAUCUUAGAUUAAAUUUAAAUUGUAAUAUCCAUGUUGUCUACAUCUUGCUCUACAUCAUUGGGGAGAAAUAAGAUUGCACCACAAAGCAACUUAAUUCUUGGAGGGCACCAUACCGUAAGAAAACUGAAAUUAAUGCGCAUACAGUGCAAUGUGUUGAUAUGUUCUGUGAGAAGAAAUGGGCACUGACUGCUCCAUUAGACCACCUAACAAAGUUCAAAAAAUUCUUGUAAAUGAAAAUGAUAGCAUUCUGUCUUGUGUAUGCUGCAGGUGAGUCGUGUGUACAGAAUGUUUAGUUAAAUUAAAAUGUACAGUGGAAUUGAUUACGCAAUGGCAGUGAAAUGUUAAAGUUCAUCAGCUGCCUCAGUUACAAGAAUUACUGUUGCUACGUAGAUCAAGUACCAAUUUUUAUUGCCAUUAAUGUUUAAGAACACUUGAGCCCAGACUAUGUAAAUUUUGUGUUUUCAUGAAUUAUAAGAUUUACUAGUGUGCCAGAUAUGUGACUACUCGACAUUUACAGACUUUUAAAAAAAAAUUUAAAUUGUUUUUUGAAAAUACACUGAUUUUUGAUUAAUUUGCCAGUAUUACUGAAACUUUUCAGGUUAUAUUUGCAUGGUUGCAUUUAAUCUCUCCCACUGUAGACUUACUUUCUGCUUUCGGAACAUGGCUGUCUGAUCUAUUUUUGUUGACGUGCACAAUGGACUAUGUCGGACGGCAACGGCUGACUCCAGCAAGGGUGUGUAUCAUAACACUGUCGUGACUGAGGUGGCAUCAAGUGUCUCACGUCGUAACAAAAAUUCUGAACACAGUCUUUACGUCACAAGAGCCCAAAUGGCUCUGAGCAGUAUGCGACUUAACAUCUGAGGUCAUCAGUCGCCUAGAACUUAGAACUAAUUAAACCUAACUAAUCUAGGGACAUCACACACAUCCAUUCGAACCUGCGACCGUAGCGGUCGCUCGGCUCCAGACUGUAGCGCCUAGAACCGCACAGCCACUGCAGCAGGCUCAAGAGCCCACAAGAGAGCAUCUAACCAAUAUUUAAUUCUGAAGUCUAGAAAUUUGUAUCACUAAUUCAAUUCAUAACCGAAGUCCUGACACCGAAAUGAUGCUCCCUAUAAAGUCUCAUUUUCUCUUGUUUGCAUAACAUUCUACUAAUAUCACGCUGAUAUGUCAAUAAUACCACCAAUUCAACCGUUUGUUAAAAAUGUUGUAGCAUCAGGUGAUUUCCAUUGCCAACUCUUUCUUUGCUCUAUUUUUUACUGUUUCUGUCGUAGGUACAAUAAUAUUAUACUUAACACACAAAGUGAAACACAUUUGGGUCCCAUUCACAGGCAGAAAAGCAUGGCGAUCGGUCGCCACGACCGUGUGUGUCUAUCGUCGACCAGUGUGACAGCAUCCACCACAAGAACAAAACAAAUCAAAACAAGUAAUCAAGGAAAAAGAGAUUGAAUAAGAAGUGGUGUAAUCUGUAUAAUGGACCUUAUCGAAUUAUUCAGAUACCUCAUGCUGGAAGUUACCUUCUCAGAGAUGAAGUACAUAGAAAAGUAAAAGUAGUUUAUCCUCAUUUUGAGUUAAAAAGAUAUUUUAGUUAGUUUAUAAGAAAGAAUUUUAUAUCAAGAGAUUUGUAAAGUGAUACAAGAU